AUGGCAAGAUGCGGCAAGAGGGGGAACGCGAUGCUCUUCGGACAUGUGUACUGUGGCGAUUUUAAUUUGCUGGGUGGAAAGCUUCAGGAGCUGCAAAUCAGCUACUUCCCCAACCGCUACGAGUUGGUUCCUGAGGGCAUCAUUCCGCUUCGAGACGAGCUUCCCAGAGGCUCCUUAGACAGCCUCCUACGGGAGUUUGGUGUAGAGCGGCACGGCACUCCUCACACCGCGGGGAGUGAUGCCUUGGCAACGCUGGAACUCUACUUCCAGGUCACCCAGGACGGUCCCAAGCGCUUUCGCUCCAUCGCAUAUUCCGAAGCGUCCACAGCCACGUCCUUCCACACGGAUGGCACAGGCUACAGCUACAACUACUGGACCGAGGAUUCUCAGGGCUAUCCGCCCAGCGAUUUGCCCAGCUGGGAAGAGGCGUUGUGGCACUCGGCCGAAGAUCUCAAGAAUGGGAGGAUUUCAGGCCAGUGGCCCCUGCUGAGCACUCCAGGGCCGCAGGAUGUCGAGUUGGGCGGCUGUUGUGCCACGCGCUGGUUGAAGGAACCCGUGGAGCAAGCCUGUCAGCCAGAGGCUUUCUGCAGUAACUGCGGCUGUGGCCAUGAAUUGUUUCGGAAUGGCCUGUGGGCAGCCAUGCCGAUACUGGUGACGGGGACCAGAUCCACAGGUCAUUCCGGGGACCGGACAGGUGCGGAAGCUGAAUGCCAAGCUCCAAAUCUGGUGACCACAGGCCUCGACGGUUCUGUUCUUGUGUGGGCUGUGCCCGUCCAACCGGCCACGACCGUUGUCCCAACGGUUGAACACAUAACUUCCGAGAUGAAGCUUGGUAGCAAGCUGAAGCUGUGCAACUGA